AUGCGCAUCUCGGAGUCACUAACGGCCCUUCUGGCCACUCUCUCAACGGCGUAUGCGCUCCAAGCAUCUCAGAUUCCACCGGACACGCCUCUCUCCGAACUAGUCUCCUCCGCCAAAGCUCACCUGGCUCAGGACGCGCCCCAGGAUGCCUUGGUCUACUUCGAUGUGGCGAUCUCGCGAGAUCCGACCAACUAUAUCACUAUUUUCCAGCGGGGAGCCGCUUAUCUGUCCAUGGGCAAGAGCUUCCGUGCAUCGGAUGACUUCGAUCGCGUGUUAGAGCUCAAGCCAGACUUUGAGGCAGCUCUUCUGCAGCGAUCACGCCUCAAGGCGCGGGCCGCGCAUUGGGAUGAGGCUUUACGGGAUCUCGAACGGGCCGGGAAGAACCCAUCAGUUGAAUACCAGGAGUUGGAAAUUGCGCGAGAUGCCGCGGCCCUGGCCUUGGAUGCCGAGAAGCAGGGCAACUGGGAGGAAUGUGUUUCACAGGCGGGUGUGGCGAUCAUGAAGGCAAACACCGCCUUGUCCCUACGGCAGGCGCGGGCACACUGCCGCCUGGAGCGAGGUGAGGUGGAGGAGGGGAUCAGCGAUCUCGCACACGUUCUGCAAAUUGCACCGGGCAUGGUGGAGCCACAUCUACAAAUGUCCGCCAUGUUGUUCUAUGCCUUGGGGGACAAUGAACGAGGUCUGGCCCAAAUCCGCAGGUGUCUCCAUUCGGACCCAGACUCAAAGCCCUGUAAUCGGCUCUAUCGACGGGAACGUCAACUCCUCAAGCGCCUGGAAAAGUUACGUGGCGCCCUGGAGGCGCGCAAGUUCAACAACGCGGUGAAUCUUCUGGUCAGCAAGGGUGAGGAAGAUGGCUUGAUCGCAGACGUGAAAGUCGAUGUCCAAGAGGCAAAAUCACUUGGCCACAUUUACCACACGGCACCCAACCACCUCUACAAUUUACUGGUCGAGAAAACUUGCGAGGCUUAUCAUGAGAUGCGCAUGAUGAAAAAGGCGGGGCCAUAUUGCGCCGACACUCUGCAGCUUAUUCCCCACUCUCUUCCUGGUCUCUUGUAUCAGGCGCAGGUCGCCCUCGACCAGGAUCAGUUUGAAGACGCCGUCCGCUCCCUCAACACGGCCAAUGAGCAUCACCCCGGCUCUCAGGAGGUCCAGUCCCUGUUACAGAAGGCCAACGUGCUCCUGAAGCGUUCAAAGCAAAAGGAUUAUUACAAGACGCUCGGCGUCAGCCGGGAUGCUGAUGACCGGACCAUCAAACGAGCCUAUCGCCAAUUGACAAAACAACACCAUCCGGACAAAACCGCGGCCCAAGGCGUGAGCAAAGAGGAGGCGGAAAAGAAAAUGGCUUCUAUCAACGAGGCUUACGAAGUGCUGUCCACACCGGAGCUCCGCGCUCAGUUCGACAACGGCCAUGAUCCCAACGACCCUGGAUCGCAGGGAGGUCAUCCGUUCCAGGGCAAUCCAUUCGGCGGCGGCCAGCAGUUCUUCUUCCAGCAAUCCGGAGGGGGCUUCCCCUUCGCCGGAGGGUUCCCUUUCCGCUAG